AUGCCCACUGCCAUUACCAUAGCGGAGGGUACUCUUAAGACAAUUUUACUGCCUCCUGGACGUACCCAAAAUGUACCCCCGACCAUGGAGAUCAAGGUGCCCACACGCCGUGAGCCCUGCUUCGACGGGUUGGCGCGUCUCUCGGAGAACUUGUUCGUUGUCAAGUGUGUGGAGGAGGGCGAGCUGUAUAUUAUCGACUUCUCUCAGCUGCUACAGAGGAAAAAGCGAACUACCGCCGCGAAGAAGGUUGUCCCCGCUGAAGUCCUCGGGCAGCUGCGUUGGCAGACCACGGAGGAGAUCUACAUUAACGUCACUGCCCGACCCGGUCUGGGUGCUGUUGUCUGUGGUGACAAUGAGGGCACCAUUUGGCUCUACGAUCUGCAGGCGAAUGUCCGAAGCCAGAAGGAUGGAAAGAAGUUUAAACUGAAGCCCGUCAAGAUUCUGGAAUGGCCAGAAUGUAGCGUUGGGGGUAACAGGGAAGAUGACGUUCAACUCAAAGAGAGCAUUACCUCGGGAUUCAAGAAUCCUGUCAUCAACGCCACCGACAUCAGUUCUGAUGGUGCUUAUCUAGUCGCCGUGACGGAUAACAACCUCGUUUGUAUUUGGAACUUUUCUGGGUGA